CCCACACUGCACUGCCUUUUGACCUUGAAGCUACUAGGCUAGCUUGUGCAUGCAUGCUUGUUUUAUAAUUAUAGCAUACUGAAGCGUGCAUAAAGCUAAUAGACAUAUCCACAGAGGCAGCAGAGACAUGAGCAACAACCAGCCCUCCCUCUCUCCACGGAGGCUUCCUCCCAAGCCACCGCCGGGCAGCAGUACAUCACUCACUGGACCGUCCUAUGAUCAGCUCAAGCUCAAGUAUAUGACAGUGGAUAGAAACUAUCAGACCCUCAAAGACCUCAGUAGAAAAGCAAUAAAGGAGUUUGAUGAGCUGAAGCGCCAGUUUGCUCAAGAAUGUGAAAAUCACCAUCGUACUAGGCAACAGCUGGAAGAGGAGAGGCAGACACGAAAUGAGGCAGAGGAUGAGCUGGACAACCUCAAGACAACUUCUGUGCUGGCAUUUGAUCAGUACGGUCGCCUGUCAGAGCAGCUGGAGAUGGAGAGCACACUCAGGAACAAGGCUGAGAACAUUGCCACCCAGUUUUCCCACGAGAACAAAGUAUUGAAGAGAGCCUCUGUGAGCAUGAAGCGGUUGGAGAGAAAGGCCAACCCUGAGCUCAGAGCUCAAAUGGAGAAACUGAAUCUUGAGAACAGUAUGCUUGUAGAGGAGAACAAAAAUUUUAAGGUGACCCUGGAGUCCCUCAACAAUGCGGUAGAGGAGGGCAGUGCAGAGUUGGAGGCAAAGGAACAAGCACUACAGAGCAAGGAGGCUCAGCUACAGGAGAAUCAGAGGAAACACUCCAUGCUGUCAGAGAAGCUUAACUCACUAGAGGAGGCACUAAAUGAAAAGGAAGAGUUCAUCAAUCCUGAGGAGUACGACCGAAUGAGAAAAAUGUCUGAGUUGCUGACUGAUGAGAUGAAGGCAGUGACUGGUAGUCUGGAGGAAGAGAAGGGACUCAGAAUGACUGCCGAGAGAGAAGCCAGUGAGAUCCGCAGCACACUGACUGCAUUGCGUCGACAGAGUGCUAUCUUGAUGGAACAGGUUCCCUGCAAUGAACAGCUGGCUAGUGCUCUAAGUCAGGUGGAGGAGCUGCAACGUGAGCUGAGCAAUGAGAGGGAAGAGAAGGCUGUGCGAGUGACAGCCUUAGAGGAGACUAUACACACACUGCAGGAGGACACUCUGGCAGAGGAGAAGAAAGGUCUUGAGGAGAAGCUGGCCAUGUUGAGUGCAGAGAUGGACAGUUUGCAAGGGAGAGCUACUUCAGCUGAAGAUAAAGUGGUUGAGCUGGAGAGUAAGAUAGAGGAGUUGAAGUCAGCCCCGCCCAUCUUUGCUCCCUCGGUGGACGGUGCUGAUGGUCCUGUCCCACCCCCUCCACCACCUCCCCCGCCCGUACCAGGUGGUGGACUACCCCCACCACCCCCUCCACCAGGGGCACCACCACCACCGCCUCCUCCACCCCCUCCUCCACCAGGAGGUUCAAUGUCCAGUUUGCCAGCUGGUGCCCGUCCUCUCUCUGGACUAGCCUCCAUCACCAGUGUCACACUGAAGCCGGUGUCGGCUGAAGAAAAAGCGGAGAAGACAGAUCCAUUGGCCGACAUGUUAUCUCGUAUUCGCUCAGGGAACGUGCACCUAAAGAAAGUGGAUGAUAGUGCAUCUCCCAAAGCCACCAAAAAGCCUGGCAACGUGAUGGCUGAGAUGGCAAAGCUGUUGUCUUCGAGAGGUGGUAAGAAGCGAGCUCCCAUUGAAGUUCCCAAGAAGGACAAGCAAGGGCAAGGCAAUGCCGUCUCAAAUGAACUCUUUGCUAAGCUCAAACGAAGGAGAAUGCAACAAGGUGGUGCCAAACCAGCAGACAGCAGCCCAGGCGAUAAUAAACCAGUUCCUGAAGCAACUAAAGCCUCAGCAUCAAGCACUACAGGCCCCCCCAGUGAACAUCCUAGUGAACCUUCUGAUGAUCCCCCACCUAGAAACCCCCCACCUCCACCCCCUCGUGAUGAUACCCCCCACAAUGACACAGUCCCGCAGAUAGUUCUGUCGACUAAUGGCCUUGUUACUUCUGAAAAGCACUUGGAAAAAGACGAAUCUGUUGUGAUUAAUGGAGUGAACGGAACUGACACACAUGACACUUGAAACAUUACAUUUUAAUUUUGUUGUGCCCUAUCCUGUUAUUAUUAUUAUAGUUGUUUCACUUUCACUUUCAUUGAAAUUAGCCAUUA